AGCUUGAAAAUAUGAGACUCUGUGGUUUUUCCGAAGUACACUGUUUUUUUCCGGUUCUAUUCCUGGAAGGAAUGUGUUGUUGCCGUUCUUUCACUGAGAUCCUAAAUAUAUGACUAAAAUAAUCGCAAUUUGCGAGAUAGAAUGAGCUCAAAAUUUGCCUCUCGAAAGAAAAAUAAUCGACAAUCUCGCCUGUUGCAGGCCUUGAGAGAUUUUACAGCAGCAGAUACAUGUUACAGCGAUGGUGCAAAUCCUCUGUCUUUUCGAAUAGGUGAAAUAUUCACAUUUCUGAGUCGCCGCGACAACUAUUGGGUCAAUGUUGAGAGGACGGUUUGGAGACACAAUCCGCUGCUCAAGACGAAGGAAUACCUGACUGUUGAGCGUGGUAUUGUGCCGGUGGACUAUAUAAUUGAGAUGGACGUUCAAGAGAACGAAGGAAUGUCUUCACGCAAAGAAGAAAAUUGUCCGGUUUCCAGCGGUGAUCAUGAUGAAGCAAGUCAUGACAACAUUUUCGAGCUCAGAACUGAGAGAGAUGGUUUGGCAGAAGAAGUUGAACAACUAAAAAGAAAACUUGAUGAGGCUUACAAAGAAAAUGCCACCCUUCAUGAAAGGUAUUAUGCAGUUGGAGAAACAAUGGUUUCAACCAAGGAGGAACUAGCAAUUGCACAGGAAUCUUUAAUUGAGGAACAGCAGAGAAGCCGUCAAUACCAAAAGCAAGUAGAAGACAUUAAGAGUCAGAUAAACAAGUCUGGCAAUAAAUCAGCGAUAAAACUUCUGGAGAAGAUUAUUCAAAAGGAGACAAAAUCACAGGCAAAUGGAUUAAUACAAAAGACCAGAUCUGAAAGUUCAUCAGAUGACUUAAUGCUUUCUUGUGCUCUCUGCCAUGAAAAAAUGAGGGUGGGUGACCUGGCUUCUCAUUCUAAGGUUUGCUCAUCAAAAGAUACAGACAAACGACCUACAACUCCAACAACACCAGGAACAGACAUGCUUCGAGUUACAGUGACCUGUUCAGAGACUGAUGAGAAAAAUACCACCUUUAAAGUGGUAACAAAGACUACUCAUGAGGACUAUAAGUUCUCUGACUAUGAGGUUUAUCGCAGUGAAGGUGAUUUUGAAUGGCUUCAGUCGGCACUGGAGGAAGCUUGUCCAGAGAGAAUAGUACCUCCAAUGGUGUCACAUUCAUCGUUACAUGGAAAAAUGAGAGAGGGUCAAAGAUUUCUGUCACGAAUUUGUGCCCAUAAGAUUUUGAGAAAACAUCAUCUUCUGAACCUGUUUUUAACUGGUGAGGGUCAGGAUGUACAGAAAGCAAGAGAGGAACUAGAUAAGAAAAAGAAAAAAGUCAACAAUGUGGCUGAGAAAACUUUGAAACAGGAACCAUGUGACCAGAAUGCUCCUGUGAUCAAAUGUCAGAGAUACUUGGAAAAGUUUGCAGAAAAUCUUGAUGGUUUGAUCACACACCUUGAGGAUAGUCUAAACAAGAACACAGUAGAUGGCCCUGGGGUUUGGUUUAAAUCUUUGGCAGAAUUUGAACCUGCAGAAACAUAUUUAAAGGUUGCUACUGAGGCUCUCAGUAAAAUCUGCAUUGAAUUGGAGAAUAACAGAGAAACUGCAGAAGAAAAACUGAUUGUAAAUGACCUGAGGAGUGUUCACCAUUAUGUCAAGAGUGCUGAGGUCCUUCUUCAAAGAGUGCAGACUGCUGUUGAGAUGUUUUUACAUUGGGAUAAAGAAGUCAGAAAUUAUGAGCAGAUGAAGAAUCCUGGUUCAGAUGAGGACAACCCUGAUCAUGUCAGUCAGACACAGAAAUGGGCAGAGGCAAACUCAAACUGUGCAGAUGCUAAAACAAACCUUGAGUUUCUUUGUAAAGACUUGUCUUCUGAGCUUGCUCACUUUGAUUGGCGGAAAGAAGUAGAACUUCGGGAGAUAUUGAUUGAAUACUCAGAACUCAGAUCAGAGCACUUUGAGAAGGUCCAGAGCAAAUGGUUUGGAGUGAAACUAAUGGUGGAGGCACCCAUAGCACCUGAAGUUAGGGCAAUCAAAUGUGUGGAAGAUUCCUGAUGAAUAAAAUUAAAGGCAGUAAAAGUUUCUCAGUUUAUAACCAAAUUCACAAGAUUUAGUUGGAACUCAUUCCUUAAAUAAUUGGCCUCACUACUUGAAAAUUAGUUACUCUAGCAAUGCUUUUAGAUAAUUAAGCAGUAUUAAUAAAUUUUUAUUAGAAUCACUCAGUUUGUAAGUCUGCAGUUAUAGUUAAGAGUUGUCCAACAUUGUGUCAUAAGGAAAAGUAUAGUGUACUGGUAAAUAUUAUGAUUAAAAGCUCUUAUAUAUAACAUAUGGAGAGGUGAUGUUAACAGAUAACGCAAAGAUUUGAAAAAUAUAAGGUCAGCAAAGUAAACCACAAAGGUUUUACACAUAAUUUAAAUGAAAGAAAUAAUUACUGAUUGAAUAAUAUAUUGCACUUAUUAUAGUAAUAACUAUUAUGGUUAUUUUAGUUAGGAGCCUAGCUACUUACAUGGGUCAAAGACUGCAUCAAUCCACAGUAGACCCAAUUGUAGUUCCUUCAUAUGCACAAAAAUUUGCUCACUUUGCAAAAAAGUUCACAGAUAUUAUUUCUCGUACAAAUGACAGAGUAAAUGAAUCAAAAGAAGCUUUGAAAGGAGAGACAAAGCAGCAUUCUAAUGUAAAUAUAUUUUAAGAUAAAAUUACUACCUAAUGAAAUGACCAGAGAAGGGAAUUAAAUUAUUAACUCAUGAAAUUUGUACUAAAAAGGUCAUGGGCACAUUCAAUGUCAACAAAUGAGAUUCUAUGCAUGCUCUUUUACAAGCAACUUUGAAGCCUCUGUUAUGUUGGGUCAUGGAUUAGGAAAGGAGAUAUUCAAGGAUAAGGUUUCUUUUCAACAGAAAAGAUAUUUCAAAUUGCUUUUAAUGCCACUGUACAGUUUCUCUUAUGUGUGAAAUUAUUAAAUUUAUAUUUAAUUUUA